CCAUGCACCCUCUACAGCUGUUAGUAGAAGGGAGUUUUGGGAGCAACUUAGCUCUCUGCGGAGUAGUAGGGAUGAUAACUGGGUGGUUGUAGGGGACUUCAAUGCUGCAGUUUAUGAAAAUGAAAAGGAAGGGAGAUGCCCUCUUAGGUACGAGAAUGUUGAACCUUUUAAGAGAUUCAUAUUCCAAAAUGCUCUUAUUGAUAUGGGAUAUAAAGGAGAGCCUUUCACGUGGACCAAUAAGAGAACGGGCCAAAACCUGACGAGGGUGAGACUUGAUCGGGUGCUCUGCUCAUCAUCAUGGCGUGCCCAAUUUGGAGAAGCAGUGGUCUUCCAUGAGAAAAUGGUGGAGUCUGAUCACUGCCCGAUCAGACUUGAGCUUCACUACCGAGGUAACAGGAGGAAGAAUACACCCUUUAGGAUUGAUGAAAGAUGGUUGGAGAAGGAAGAAUGCAAGGAGUUAAUAGCCCGAGCGUGGGACCCGGGAGGCCACUCAACUGACCAGCUGAACAAAUGUCAAAGAGAGUUAAAAGAGUGGGCAAAAGAAUUCCAUAAGAAUAGUAUGCAAAGGGAGCAAGAUAUACUCUCUAGGCUCGAAAUUCUUCAACAGCCGCCAAGAACGACAGAGAAUGUGGAGGAGGAAAAGAUUUUGACAACCGAGCUGACUAAGUUGUGGAGGGAUGAAGAAGCGUUCUGGAGUCAAUGCUCGAGAGUUAACUGGCUCCAAAAAGGUGAUCAAAAUACUUCUUUCUUUCAUUCAAGCACUAUUCAGAGGAAGCAUAGAAACAAAAUUCUGAAACUCCAAGAUGGAGAGGGUAAUUGGAUCGAAGAUGAGAAUAGUCUAAAAAGACUAGCAGAAGGUUUUUACAAAGAUCUUUUUAAGGCCAGGAAUCCUAUUCCUUUUAACCAUAUGUUAGAAGGAUUCCCUGAAAAGGUGACUACGGAGAUGAACGAGGAUCUUUGUGCUACGGUGACUAACGGGGAAAUUAGAAAAGCUGUCUUCUCCCUGGGAGCCCGUAAAGCUCCGGGUCCCGAUGGUUUCUCAGGAAGAUUUUAUAGGAGAUACUGGGAUAUCUUAGGAGACACCUUAUGUCGAGAAGUUCGAGGAUUCUUUGAAACUGCUAACAUGCCAGAUGGAUGGAAUGAAACUCACAUUGCAAUGAUUCCCAAGGUCGACAACCCUGAGUUGAUAAGCCAGUACCGUCCUAUUAGCUGCUGUAAUUUUAGAUACAAGAUCAUAUCAAAGAUUAUGGCUACGCGUCUCAAGAGGUGGACUCCCGAGCUGGUCUCUGAGCUCCAAACAGCAUUCACUGGGGGAAGGCUUAUUCAAGAUAAUAUUAUCAUUGUCCAUGAAGCCCUUCACCAUUUCAAGAACCACAAGCUUGGUCGAAGGAGGGAUAUGAUGCUGAAAUUGGAUAUGAAGAAGGCUUACGAUAUGGUUGACUGGAAUUGUCUGGAGGCUCUUCUCAAGAAGUAUGGGUUUGACAAUAAAUGGUGUGGUUGGGUCAGUGCAUGCAUUAGAACGGUCAGCUUCUCUAUUCUGUUCAAUGGAGAAGCAACUGAUUCUUUCAAGCCUUCCCGUGGAAUUAGACAAGGAGACCCUCUUUCGCCUUUCCUAUUCAUUCUCAUGUCAAACGCCCUUACUUUCCUUAUUGACAAGGCGGUGGAGAGUGAUAAGUUGAAGGGGAUUAAACUGAAUUCCAGAUGUCCAGUGCUCACUCACUGCCUGUUCGCUGAUGACACGGUUAUUUUCGGGAAAGCAGAUUUUCAAGAAGCGCAGAAUAUUAUUGAUAUCAUUGGGGAGUAUGGAGCAAUCACAGGUCAAGAAGUUAAUAUUAACAAAUCUUCAGUGUUCUUUAGUGCUAAUGUUCCCGGAGAUGUCAAAGAUCAUAUCAUUGCGAGCAUUGGCUUUGCUUCCUCGAAUUGCCACUCAAAGUAUCUUGGAGUCCCGACGGAGUGGGGAAAUUCGAAGAAGGAAACUUUUAAGUUCCUCAUUCAAAGGAUGGAAAAAAUGGGUGAAGCAUGGAAAAGUCUCCUUCUCUCUCAUGGUGGAAAAGAAAUCCUUCUGAAGGCGGUUAUUCAAGCUAUUCCAUCUUUUAUCAUGUUCUUGUUCUAUCUCCCAAAAGCCCUUACCAAGAAAAUGGACUCUCUCCUCAGUAACUUCUUUUGGUCAGGGUCUAUGCAAAAAAGUAGUCUCCAUUGGUGUAGGAAAGAGAUUCUUUGUAUGCCUAAGUCAGAGGGAGGCUUGGGCUUCAGAAGCUUCAAUGAUUUUAACCUUGCCCUGCUGGCUAAGCAGGCCUGGCGACUCCUCACAACCCCUGAUUCUUUGUGGAGCAGGCUCCUUAAAGGGUUGUACUUCCCCAGAGGUGAUUUUCUGAACGCUAAAAAGGGAAGCAGAGCGUCGUGGAUUUGGGCGAGUCUCUGGGAGGCAAAAAAAGUGAUUGGCUUGGGUGCAGUUAGAGUGAUUGGUUCAGGUGAAGAUUCGUGGGUCGAUCAAGACCCAUGGAUCCCCUUUUUGGAUGGCUUCACUCUCAGAACUGGCCCACAGAAUCAUCGGAAGGUCAACGAGUGGAUUGACCCGGGAGAAAGGAAAUGGAAGAUGGAUGUUAUCAGUGGACAUGUUUCUGGCUCAGAACUUGAAGCUAUUCUUAGGAUCCCCAUUGGGGAGGAGGGAGCAGAUGACUUUUGGGCAUGGAACUUCAAUGAGGAGGGAAGAUUUACAGUGAGAUCUGCGUACCAUAAGAUCCACAGAGCCAACAGCAUUGCUCAACCAAGCGGGAAUACUGAUAAAUGGAAGUGGAUUUGGAGCCUCCACCUCCCCCCGAAAUUGAAAUUCUUUGUGUGGAGAUGCUCCAGGAACGGGUUAGCAACGAAAGAGAGAUUGCUCCAGAGGAAAUGUGCUCCCAACUCUUCGUGUCAGGUGUGUCAGAAUCCCGUUGAAACGAUUAAUCACUGCCUGUUCCAUUGCCCUCAUGCCAAGGUGGCUUGGAAUGAGCUGUUCCCAUCCCUUCCUUUACCCCCUCAAGGAACAUUGUUCUUUGACUGGUUCUGCUCCCUUAAAGAUGUCGUCCAGCAAAGCUCGUUGAUCCAUAUUAUCUUCCUGUGCUGGAAUAUUUGGAAGGCAAGGAACGAAUGCUCUUUCAAAGGUCGAGUCCCGUGGACCCCGAAUGUGUGUCAACUUACUUAUAAGGAGCUCACUGAAUGGAAUACGUGCCCGAGGUCCCCACCUCCCAUGCCUUCCCUUCCCACUCAGCUUAGGGGAACCCAGUCUCAUACGAGUCCACCGCCAAGUAAUCAGUCUUUGAUGAUUCACUGUGAUGGGUCGUUCAUUAGCGACUCCCAGCCGGCGGCUUAUGGUGUUGUGGUUGUUAACCACCAUGGACAAGUGUGUGAUGGGAGAGCUGAGAAUCUUCUUUGUUCCACCCCAAUUGAAGCGGAAACUAAGGCCCUUCUCGAAGGAGUGAAAUUAGCUCAAGAAUAUGGAUCCGAGUGUACGGUUCAUUCCGACUGCCAGGUGCUGGUGAAAGCUGUGGACAACGAUCGCUCUCGAUGGCCUUGGAGGUGUGCAGCCUGGAUCAGUUCGAUUGUUUCUAUCCUGCGGUCUAACCCUCUCAUCAAAAUCAAAGAAGUGUCCAGAACACUUAAUGUCAGAGCGGACUGGGUUGCACGGUCUAAAGCUAGAGCAUCUCUGCCUGAUGAUUGGAUUAAUAUUCUUGAUCUCAUUUCUGAUCUUCUUUAAAGAAUUGUAACCGAGUUUCUCAUCUUUCAGUUGAAUGGUGGAAUAAAAGUUGGUACACUUUGUCAAAAAAAAAGCAAGGAACAGAUUGCAAAAGGAAAAUUUAGGGUUUGGGUGUCAUGAAAGCAGAGGGCACAUUGCUCUAGGCAAACCCAAUCGCUUUGUCAUGCCAGCCAGAGAGCAUAUGAGUUGUAUAAUUGAUCAGGAUUUGCCCAUUUGGUCAAUGCAGCAGCUGGGCCCCAAACAAGAUAUUAGUAUUCUAAUUAGUGACAUCAAAUAGUUGGCAAAAGGUGAUUAAGAUGGAAAAUCAAAGAGUUGCAUUGAGGAUUCAAACCUUGAACUUCUAAAGUUAAAGACCAACGACAAUUUCACUACAUCAAGUCUGUGUUCGCACAGUUAGCAUACUAACGAACUGAUAAUCGUUGCUCUUCGUUGAACUAUUACCAAUACGAUUCGAGCCAAAAUUGUCAAGACUCAAGAAAGAAGAGGUUCUCGAGUUCGAUUGUUUUGAUAAUCGAUUGUCUGAAUUUUUAUUGGAUUUUCGGAUGCACUUCAACCAACAGAGUCCAAGAAAUGCUACAGGCAACGCGAGUCGAUUAAAAUCAGUAGUAUCGGGCCUAUGAUAGAGAUACUCUUGAAUUAUAGUUAAGGUUUGAAAAACUAUUAUCUCUUUUAUUGUUUGAUCACUCUAUCCGUUACCCACACACAUAGAUUAGGGUGGAAAUGGGUUGGCGUGAUGCCAACGUAACAAGCCAUUUCCUCGAGAUCCCACCACCAUGGUAGAAAAUAGAGGGCUUUCAUCAAAAUGGGUAACAAAGUGCAAGCGUAACGGCGGCGACACCUUGUUUGACCGGAAGCACCCGGCGGCGGGAAGCUGAGUCAUAAACCCGCUUUCACCUUCUUUCUAGCUGUCAUAUUGAUGAUGCAAGACAAUAUGUACCGAAGAAGUAAGAUCACUACUCUACUACAUCCUUCUUCGCCCCACUCUUUUAGGGCAUUGCUAUUCGUCGCCCUAAAAUUUCUUAUUCGUCGCCCUAACUAAGAUAAAUUUACUUUAAUACCCUUAGUUAAUUUAUUUGUUUUUUAAACACUUAAAAGUUAAAUCCCAAAAUAAACUCAUUUAAUAAUUAAUUUAAUAUAAAUUCUAAGUCUAAGCUCGCCGGCGACGGGUUUUCAACCCGUCCGGCCAAGAAAAGAAAAAUUCCUGGGCACGUCGGAUCGAUGGUGGUCGUCAUCUCCUUUCCUUCUUCUCCGCAGGGGUUGGUGGGAGCAACAACGACUCUGAACUCCCCUCUUCCUCCUAGUUGACAGCGAACACGUGGAGCGAAUUGACGGUGACAACGGCUGCGGCUCCGACCUCCUUCUUCCUUCUUCGUCCUCCGUCCAACGCCGGGAGAGUUCUGGGCUUCGAAUGCACUCUGCACAUUGGUGCUUGUUUCUCAAGCAGAUCUUGAGAAGGACCAUAGUUUUCAGAGAGCCGGGGAAUCACCAUCUGAGUAUUGCAUUUGGCAUCUAAGGUCCUAGACUAAAAAUGAAUGUCAAGGGAGGUGGGUUAGGCGGCAGAGGGAGGGAUUGUGGGUAGGCGGCGGGAGGGAUGUGGGUAUGCCGGCGGGAGAGUUUUGGGUAGGCUUGGAGAGAGAUUGUUUGUUUCUAGGGUUUAUGUUUAAAUUGGGGAGAGGGGUGUAUGUGUCAUUUGGUACGGUUUAGGGCGAUAAAAAUUUAAAUUUUAGGGCGGCGAAUAGCAAUUCAGCUCUUUUAUGACACUUUAACACAACUUCUAAAUUCUAGCUUAGCUCCUUUUCUUUUCUUGAGAAUCAAGGUGACCCUCCUCUUCUAAUUUCUCUCAUCAAUGACCUAAUCCGAUGAGGUUAGUUCGGUACAUUCUUACAGUCGAAAGAUAUGCUACGAAUUUACCGUUGAAAUUUUAACGUUGAUAUCGCUCUUAUAAAAAAAAUGACAAAAG